AUUAGACAGUGAAAGGAUUGAAUGCAUAUUUUGCGUGGUAUUCUUUUAUCUGGUUGUAUCUAAGUAACAAAAAAUCUUAGACAAGACGUUAAUGGUUUAUAUUAAAAUCACAAAAUGAGUUGGUCUUGGAUGGGUGCAGAUGAUGGUGAUGGAAAUGCUGAGGAAAAUGAAGGUGGAAAUGAGAUGGGGUACUGGGGCAAUAAAGAUAGCCUGAUAUUUCUCAUUGAUUGUUCAAAGUCCAUGUUUGAAGGUGCCAAAGAUGAGAAACCAUUUCAGCUUUGCUUGAAGUGCGCAGCAUGUACAAUGAAGAAUAAGAUAAUUGGAAGUGAAAAGGAUUUCUUUGGGAUUGUUUUCUUUGGAACAGAGAAGGACCAGAACCCUAGUAAUUUCAAGAAUAUAUACAUAUAUCAGGACCUUGAUAUGUUGGAUGCACAGAAAAUUCUGGACGUAGAAGAUCUUCUGAAAGAUUGUGAUAGCUUCCAAGAUAAAUAUGGUCACAGUUCUGAUUUUUCUCUCAAUGACGUUUUAUGGACGUGUUCUAAUAUGUUUUCCAACAGUGCUAUGAGGAAUGGACAUAAAAGAAUAUUAUUAUUUACAAACAAUGACGACCCCCACAAGAACAACCAGUCUCUACAGAGACAAGCAAAAACAAAGGCUACGGAUUUAUUUGACGUUGGAAUUGACAUUGAGCUGAUGCCGAUUAAACCACGAAUCGGACAAUUUGAUACAAGCUUGUUUUAUGAGCAUAUCGUUGGUGAAGUCGAUGAAAUAGACAGAUCUACUAUGCCAGAUCCUGCUGAAAAAUUUGAAGAACUUCUGACGAGAGUUCAGAAAAAACAAUACAAGAAAAGGCCUCUUUGUAGAGUCCCCUUGCAGCUUGGAGGAGGCAUUGGACUUGGUGUCUCAGUGUUCAAUUUGUGCCGCGCGGCAGUAAAGAGUUCCUAUGUCAACCUCGACAGUCGUAUUAAUGAGGAAGUGAAGAUUGUAUCCAAGUUAGUUUGUAAGACAACUGGCGUUGAGUUACUGCCGACAGAUUUGAAGUAUUUUCAGUGUUUUGGCGGUGAUAAGGUUGUGUUUGAGAAAGAAGAAGUUGAUGCAAUAAAAUCUGCUGGUGACACUGGUUUAACGUUGCUGGGUUUCAAACCACGAAGUUUACUGAAACGAUAUCAUCAUAUCAGACCAGCUCAAUUCAUUUAUCCUGAUGAGAAGUCAAUUUCUGGAAGCAGUCGACUUUUUACAGCCUUGUUAAAGAAAUGUUCAUCGAAAGAUUUAGUUGCUAUUUGUCGUUUUAUUCCUCGACGUGGUGCUUCGUUGAAACUGGUCGCUCUUAUUCCACAGGAGGAAGAGUUGGACGAACAAAAUGUUCAAGUGUCACCUCCCGGAUUUCAUCUCAUUUUUCUUCCAUUUGCUGACGAUUUAAGAAAAUUAUCUUAUGAAGAUGCCCCUCGAGCUAAUGACGAUCAAGUGGAAAAAGCGAAAGACAUAAUUAAAGCUUUGACGAGCACAUUUGAUCCUUUGGAUAUUGAAAAUCCAUCCAUACAGAAGCAUUACAAUAUUCUUGAAGCUCUGGCGCUUGACAAAGAUGCCCCAGAAAAUUUCGAGGAUUUCUCAGAACCGAAUAAAGUUCAGAUUGACGCAAGACUUGGUAACCUAGCAACGGAAUUUAACGAUCUUGUAUUUCCCGAAGGAUACGUUCAUGACGGGAAAGGCAAGAAAAGAAAGGCUACAACUGGUGGUUCUAGCACGUCUACUAAACGAACAAAAAAUGACGAUUCAAAUCCUGUGGAUGUUAAGGAAUAUGCUACGUCAGGAACGCUCAACAAGCUAACAGUUCCAGUUUUAAAAGAAUUUGUGAAAUCCAACGACAUCAAAUGUGGAACCAAGAAGGCAGAGCUUAUUGAAGGUAUUAACCUCCACCUCGGACUGCACUAAAAUGACUGUAAGUUUCCGCUACAUUUUAGAUGAAAGUUAGUGUUAUGUUAGAUUCGAAAACAAAGAACUGCAUUAUGUUUUUUUAUGAAGGCAGCGCUUAAUGAAACUAUCAGCCUACAUUUUGGACUGCACCGAAAGCUCACUAUCUUUGUAGGUUAAUAUUAUGUUGUGGAUUCGAAAACAAAGACCUAUGUUAUGUUUUUUAUAAACUAUAGGUAUUCUGCUAAGAAUUAAUACCUUGAGUUUGAAGCAUAAACCUGAAAUAACAAGGCAAUAUGUGCUUUAACGAGAACUUCAGCAAUUUCACAUUAAUUUGACAGAAGUUUCCCCAGAGUGGUGCGUUAAUAAAACGAAAUGAAUAAUUAAAGACCUAUGAGUAUUUAAGCCGUUUUCCUCGCACUGUUUACAACGGCAAAUAAACCCAAUAGUUUCCUCAACUACUACCUCCUCAUUCAAUCCAUACGACUUGCAACUCCUAUA